AUGCAAUCCUGCUGAACGUACCGAUGUGCCACGGUAUGAAAUGAAUUACAGAUUCAAAUGUGUGGACAUCCAACCUAACAACCACGUGUCCUGGUUGAUCACAAAAGUGGAUCCCACCAGUAGCAAUCAGAACCAAAUGACCAAUGUUGAAGUCUGUUAUUUCAACGAGAACGUGUGCCAAUCCUUUAAUGAGUUUACAAGUGCAGUUAAAAGUAACGGCGACAGUAUACUUACUUACAACCCCAGCCAAUUAGACGACACCGUCAGCGUCACGUGUAGAGUCUUUGACAACAUGUUAACGCGCGCAACCUCCUACAUGAACGACUACACCUGUAAUAUCACCUUGAUAAGAACAGCAUGGUGUACUGUUGGCAAUAUCCUCGAUCCAACAAAAAACUAUGAAUGCAAAUUUACUGAGGAGUUGGAGAAUGGAAGUCCUGGGAGGAUGUUUGGGACGCAAGAUGGAACACACAGCUUUGUUAUGAAAGCAGGGAACACCGCAGCCGAGUGCUUCUUCACAUAUAACUACACACUGGGAAUAAACGCCUUUGAAGUAAACCUUCUUCCCGACAACGUCCGGGGCAGAGCGAUAUUCCACCCCUAAAAUUCUAACUGAGAAAAUAAGAAUGUUAACAAACGCAUUUUCCCGUUCAAUGUUUUUUUUUUUAUUUAAAAGCAUCUAAUCUUCUCUGUCCAGUUUUAUCUGCCAGACUUGAAGUAGUCUGAUGAACACAACUUUGAACAUCUUUGUAAGAA